AUGCCAGUCAUCUCCAAGGGAAAUCUCGUUCUCGUUACCGGUGCUAGUGGAUUUGUCGGAUCCCACGUUUCCCAGCACUUCCUGAAAGGGGGGUUCAAGGUUCGCGGCACCGUUCGAUCAGAAUCUAAGGGUGAAUACCUGAAGAAGUUAUUCAAGAACGACGGAGACUUUGACUAUGUCAUUGUGGACGACAUUGCCAAGGAUGGAGCCUUCGACGAGGCAGUCAAGGGAGUUGAUGCUGUUGCACACACUGCCAGUCCAUUCUACGUUACCAACAUUAAAUCUACGGAUGAACUCAUUCAGCCAGCUUUGCACGGUACGACUGGGAUUUUGAAGUCUAUCCAGAAGAAUAACCCCGAUGUCAAGCGAGUGGUUGUCACCUCAAGUGUCAGUGCUAUCAUGUGUGUUGCGAGCAAGAAAGCGCCCUACACAUACACCGAGAAGGACUGGAACGUAGACAGUGUCGGCAUCGUCGAGGAGAAAGGUGUUGACGCUCCGGGAUUGCACAUCUACAACGCUUCUAAGACCCUUGCCGAGCGCAGUCUUUGGGACUUUGUGGAGAAGAACAAGCCCAAUUGGGAGGCCGUCACCAUUAACCCACCGGUCAUUUUCGGUGAAAUCAUUCACGAGUGUCCCACUCCAGAGAAGCUCAACACCUCUGUCGCCCGAGUCUAUGAGUGGGCAGCCGGAAAGAAGACAGAAAAGGAUCUCCCAGCGGCAGGCGGAAAUUGGGUCGACGUCCACAAUGUCGCUGAGGGACAUGUCUUGGCCCUCACGAAGCCUGACGCCGCUGGUGAGAGGUUCAUUGUCGGUAAUGGCCCCUUCGCGGGCCAGGACAUUUGUGAUGUCAUUCACAAACGAUUCCCCGACCUCAAAGACGUUCCAGUCGGCAAGCCAGGAACACACGACGAGAUCACCAAAGAUGCAAAUGUCUUCGAUGGUUCCAAGGCACACAAGGAGCUCGGCAUUCAGUAUGUGUCUUUGGAGGACAGUGUCUACCAGACCGUGAAGAGCGUCAGAGAGCGCUUCCAUUUCUAG